GGCGUAGACCACCGAGAUGUUUCAAGUGUCACAAGGUGGGCCACUAUGCGAAUCAGUGAAGUUGGUUGGAUGCGCCGUCUACAUCAAGCGAUUCGUAUAGAGGACGUUCGUCAUCACCUAGGCGAGGCCAGAUGAAGUCGUCUGCAUCCGGCGAACCACGUAUGUCGUCGGAGUUUGAGAAAUUGGGACGCAAUGUUGCUAGUUUACAGGAGUACGUUCAACUUGAACGAUCGAAGCAGGACGAGAAGGAGGCCCAGAAGAAGGCUAAGAAAUUAGCUAAGCAGAAACCGGAGGAAGAGAAGAUUGAACGUGAGCAGCGUGUGGCCCGCAAGAAGGCCAAGGUGUGGAAAGCGGAAGAGAGGGAGUUGAAACUGGCCAAGAACGUGGAUAUGCAGCUAUCGUUGAAGAUCGGCGAACUACGUGACGAGAUUCGGCAGGAACUACGAAGAGUUAUGACCGGGAAAAGCAAGGCGAAGAACUCUUCUGGUGCGAGCGGGUGCAGAUCCAAUGGGGACAUCGAUGGGGGAUCCGAGGACUUGAGUGCACGUACCAAGCAGCUAACCAUCAACGAGAAGCGGAAGAGGGGUGCCGAGCCUGUUUUCGAAGACAGUCCGCCUAUGGUCGUACCUUCGAAGCGUACACCGGGAAGGCGGUUAGGGAUCAAACCAAUUCGCCUGACACCUCGGUUGAAGUCGCGGACCCCGAAAGUGAAGUCUCGUAGUACGACGAAGCCCAAGAGCCGACAGGCAUCUAAUAUGAAGAUCCCGGCAGAGUGUGGGGAGCUGGGCCGCUUACGAUAUCUCGACGCGGUGCGGCGGGAUCUGAUUGAUCUGGAUGCAAAAACUAUGGAGGCGUUGUGCAAGAACGAAGUGAUUGAGUACCGUGGCAAGAUUAAUGUCAUUUUCGAUAUUGCUGAUCACAAGGCGGCGGUGGCAUAUGACUCUGUCCACGAAUCGGAAGAGGUUGACAAGGCUCCGUCCAAGGAAGAAGCUAAGGCAGAAGGAGAUAUCAUCGAAGGCACUGAUGGUGAUGCUGAGGAGACUAGCCAAUAUUAAGGAUACGCGACUAUGCGGCGUCAAUGCGUUUAUC